AUGCCGGAGGUUCCAGCAGGAAGUCGUGGUGAGGUUGACUCACUGAAACUCUUGCAACAGUGUGAUGAACAUCGCCCUCGGUGUGUCAACUGCCAGACCGCUGGAUUGAAUUGCAUUUUUGCUUCAGGCAUAUCCUCAUCAACGCCCACUGCCACAGAGACGGAGACUGUGGUUGCCAGUGCGUCUGAGACCUCAACGCCAGACCAGCGGCCUCAAGGUCUCGAUCAGUCCAAUGUGGUGCCGGCCUUUACUCCCUCGGGAUUGUUUGAUCCAAAUCUCAAUAUGCAGCAUCUCGAACUCUUCCAUCACUUCCUCCUUGCCACCUACAGAACAUUUAGUACCGAUGAUUCUGUUCGGCAUAUAUGGAAAGAAUCAGUGGUCCGCAUGGCCUUCUCGUUUCCUUUCCUCAUGCACGAGCUUCUUGCAAUCUCAGCUCUACAUCUCGCCUACUGUAAGCCGGAGCACUCUACAUGGUACCACACCAUGGCUACAGAGCUGCAAACUCUGGCCCUCAAUAAGUUUAACAGCGUAGAGAGGGAUAUCAACGCCUCGAACUGCGCUGCUAUUCUCAUUUUUACAAUGCUUCUAGCGGUUCACAUCCUCGCCGAUCCUUCUCGCACCGAGGGCCUUAAUUCGCACCAGUAUCUGGACCACGUUAUCGGCUGUGUCAUGCUGAUGCGCAAUGUCCCAAAAUUGAUCAUCCAAGACUGGUAUGAAUAUAUGAAAGAGACCGAGCUCAAACCAAUGUUCAAUGUCCAACAGCCUCCAAAACCUUACCAAGUCCCUCAGCCGUGCCUGGAUUUGUCGAAGCUGACCGCCAACCCGGACCUGGGGGACCAAGCUAGGGACGCAUAUGAGUCGGCGAUUGAGCGAUUGCAGUGGGUGUUUGCGAUUUCCAAUGUGCCCGAAGAAAGACAUACAACCAUCCGCUGGCUACUAGCCUGGCCUGUACAGCUCAAAACCCCCUAUCUGGAAAGACUCAAUCAGCGAAGACCUGAAGCUCUGAUAAUCCUCGCAUACUUUGCGGCCUUGAUGAGAUUUUACCGGGAUUGCUGGGCAGUAGGGGAUUCUGGUCACUUUCUGAUCAAAGCCAUAUCUUCACACCUCGGUCCUCACUGGUCGGAAUGGAUGGAGUGGCCAAUGUCAUUGGUUACAGCCUGGAAUGAUGGAGGCUAG